AUGAUUAAAAUCAUAAUUGUAACGCUGACAACUCUUCUAUUAACUGCUGGACUCUCUAUAUCAGCAACUGAACGAUGCGAAAUGGCAGCGAUUUGCGAUGAAAAACCUGUAUGGAUGACAGUGCCAACGAAUAAAGAUGAGACUUCCUACUCCGCUCAGGAUUGUGAUAGGGAUAUUCAAAGAAUAAAAGAUCAUAUGGCUGAGUUUCGUCUUCUAGAGAAGGCUCUGCGCAAAAGAUUAAAUAAAUACAAAAGCUUGAAGCAGUCUACACCAUCCAAUAAAGACAUGCUGACGUCGACUGCAACUCCGGCCGACAUCACUACAGAGCCGUUAAGUCCAACCACCGACUUAUUAACUAUUGUUUCAACUAUAGACAGUGUGCCAACUUCCACUGUAACUUCAGUCUUCAUCUCAACUAAACCAUUAGUUACGACAACCUAUUUGCCAACAACUACUUCUAUAAUCGACUGUACUAACAAUUGGAACGAACCAACAAGCUACACCUACGUUGGCUGUUAUAAUGAGGAAACGCCAUUCAGAGGAGGAAGAGUAAUAGCAACAGUCGAAGGACAGUAUCCCACAGUUUCAGGCUCGUAUAGAGCCAGAACAAAUGCAAUACAGAAAUGUGCAAGAAUAGCAUUUUGUUUGGGAUACCAGGUUUUUGCCCUACAAGAUGGUGGCUGGUGUGCUACAUCAGAGAACGCCCACUUGACGUUCAGUUCAUAUGGCCGUUCCUCUGCGUGCCCACCAGGAGGAGGCGAAGGAGUUUCAGCCACGAAUGCUGUAUACAAGAUAACUAACAAUUUUUAA